AUGGCCAAGAAUCCCGUAUUCUACAGCAGAAUCAAACACAUUAGCAUCAAGUACCAUUUCAUCAGAGAAGCUGAAGCAAAUAAAGAGAUAGAGCUCAAACAUUGCAAAAGAAGUAUGCUUUGUAUGGCCCGACUCCAUUUCGAUAUGAGGAAAGUGUGGAAUAAAGAGAUUUUUGGGAGGGUUGAUAAUGUUAUUUUGGAGUUAGAAGAACGUGUGGAGGCUCUCGAUAGCAGGUUACAAGUUGCAUUUUCUAAUGAGGCAGAACAAGAAUACUUGAUUUCUAAAAUUGAAUUGGAGGAAUGGCAAAGAAGAGAGAAAAUUAGAUUGUCCCAACUGGCAAAAAAGAAAUGGUUGUCUGACGGUGAUAACAAUUCUAAAUUUUAUCAUGCUGUAGUCUCGCAAAGACGAAGAAAAUCAAAGUUAAAUCAGCUGAAGCUUACAGACGACACUAUUCUGUCGACUCCGCAGCAAAUGCAUGCAGAAGCUGUGAAAUAUCUUCAGAUUGUUCUUACGAGCGAGGAAAGUAAAAUUGUGCUAGAUUUAUCUCAUAUCAUUGAGUCUGCAGUUUCUCAAGAGGGAGGACGGAUGCUAUGUACUUUGCCGACUGAAGAGGAGGUUCGAACUGCAACUCAUUCGAUACCUAUGGAUAGCGCACCUGGGCCUGAUGGAUAUGGAUCAGCUUUCUUUAUCAAGUGUUGGGAUAUUAUUAAAGGGGACCUAGUGGAGGCAGCAAAGGAGUUUUUUGAAAGAGGGGUGUUUCCUCGAUUUUAUACAUCAUCCUAUUUAGUGUUGAUCCCAAAGGUGGAGAAUCCUAGCGGUUUUGAUAAGUUUCGACCAAUCAGUCUUUGCUCUGUUGUGUACAAAAUAUUUUCAAAGAUUUUGGUAUAG